AUGGCAACAUGUUUCGAAACUUGUUUGGAUGCUGUGAUCCCAAACGCACCAAAUUUGCAGCACAUCUGCUUGCAAACAGGUCGCAAGCAUUAUAUUGGUCCAUUUGAAAUGUGGGGAAAAUUUGAGCCUCAUGAGCCUCCGUUUCAUGAGGACCUCCCAAGGCCCAACGUGCCCUGCUUUUACUAUACGUUGGAGGACAUUUUGUUUGAAGAAGUGAAGAAGAAGGAGGGGUUGACAUGGUCAGUGCACAGGCCUAGUGUGAUUUUCGGGUUUUCGCUGUAUAGCUUGGUGAACAUAGUGGGGACUUUUUGCGUUUAUGCCUCGAUUUGUAAGCACGAGGGGAAGAAGAUACUGACGUUUCCUGGGAGCAGAGGAUUUUGGAACGGGUCUGGGAUGCCUCAGAUGCUGAUCUGA